ACUCACACGUCACGCGCCUCUAACCGCCCCAUCACAAAGCAACUCCUCCAAAACAAACGACACAACUUAUCAUUUCCUGGUCAAAAAAUUCCCAAAAUUCCGAACUGAUUCUACAAAAUGAUGUAGUUAAUUACAAGAUUUGACAUCCCUGGCAUAUUACUCAGUUCACUAAUGGCCUGCUGAGGAGUAGCUGUUGAAAUAGCUUCCAAUAAUAAUCACAAAACAACACGAUAAGUUAGUGUGGUUGGUGAACUCUUUAAGUGAAAUUAAGAAACAUUAAGUCAAACAAAAUGACAACUGCAAUUUACUUGGAGCAUUAUCUAGAAAGCUUGGAGUCGCUUCCUGUGGAACUUCAGAGAAAUUUUAUCCUGAUGCGCGACUUGGACGAGAGGGCUCAAAGAGUAAUGCAUGAUAUUGACCAACACGGGGAUGAUUAUUUAAAACUGGCACGAACUGGAAACAGUGAGAAGAAAAAAGAAUUGUCGUCCAAGAUUCAGAAACUGUAUAGUAAAGCGAAAGAAUAUGCAGAUGAUAAAGUACAACUUGCCAUCCAAACUUAUGAGUUGGUUGACAAACAUAUACGGAGAUUGGACUCUGAUCUUGCUAGGUUCGAAUCUGAAAUAAAAAAUGGUGGAGGAAGCGGACAGUCUGCCUCAUCUCCUAGAGAAGAACAACCUCAAUCUACAGCUAGCAAGCGUGGACGCAAAAAAGAAAAGGAAUCUAAAAAGUCCAAGUCUGAGGCCGAAGACAAAAGCAACAAAGUCGGAUCCGCAAGUCCAUCUCGCAAACGACAAAAGUCUGAAAUUGUUAUGGCAGUGGAACAGGCUGCUGCUGGAUCUGCUGGAUCGUCAGGGGACGUAUUGGAUAUGCCCGUCGAUCCAAACGAGCCAACUUAUUGCAUUUGUCAUCAAGUAUCAUACGGCCAAAUGAUUGCUUGCGAUAAUCCAGAAUGUCCCAUUGAAUGGUUCCACAUUGGAUGUAUGGGACUCAAUCAGAUACCAAAGGGGAAGUGGUAUUGCCCGAAAUGCUUACCAGCAAGAAAGAAGUAACCAGUAACCACUCACUCAAAAUUUUUUAUUGAAAAACGAUAACGAUUUAGUACGUCUUAAUUCACCACUUUGAAGAAUAAUAUAACGAUCCAUCAUAAUCCACACACGCAGGUUUAUUGUGAGUGAGUUCAUGGUUUUUUGUUCAGAUUAUUGUACACGAAUAAAAUUACUUUAAAUGAAACCUAUAUUGUCCAAAUUUUAAACUAGGCCUUAGUUUAUAUGAAUGUUAAGUGAGUGAACAAUAAUAUAUUUCAUAUUAUGCUGAGUUCUAUUUUUCAAUUUUUUGCGUUAUUUCUAGCAUUAUUAUCAUUUAGGUAAUUAUAGUUCUAAUUGUAUUUAGUACCCAGAUUUGACCAUGUAUAUUCCAAUAUUAUCAUGGCCUCGUACCAAAUUUAUUCAUACCGAUCAAUAAACAAUUUCUCAAUACAUUCA